UCAGGGUUUGAUCUCAUGACUGCUCCAACAGGAAAUAAUGAAGGGAAAUCCUUGCGGACAGUGGAGGGUCUAAGCCCUCCCCACCCUCCAUGUCCCCCUGACAUGGAGCUGAUGCAGAUGGCCCUGGGACUGCUUCCCCAGAUAACGCUGCACUGGAACCCACCACCACCCCCAAGUUUCGCUGUAGUGGGACCCUUUCACAAAAAAGCUCAUCAUCUCAGAUGCACCAUGGCUCUCCUCUCACUGUUUCUGCUCACCUCUCUGCUGUCUCAUAUAGGACAUUGUGUUUAUGUCGACAUGGGCAUAGUGAAUGGCACAGUGGUUAAAGCACAUUCCAGACCCUACAUGGUUUCUGUCCAAAAAAACGGAAAACAUCAUUGUGGGGGCUUCCUCGUGUCAGAGAACUUUGUCAUGACAGCUGCACACUGCUGGGAAUUUGGGGUGAAGCUGACAGUUAUAGUGGGGGCUCAUGAACUGAAAAAGAACAAGUCAGCUUUGAGCCAAAUGGAGGUGAAGUUUUACCACAUCCACCCGAUGUUUGACUCCGAGAAUCUGUUCAGUGAUAUCAUGCUGCUGCAGUGGGCUGCAUUUGCCCAAAUUAAGAAAACCACAAUACGAAGGUCAUGUAGUGAGUCUUUAAAUAAGAGGUGUGCCUUUUUGACUCUGCAUGUGAGUGGCAAGAUGAAGGUGUUGCACAUGCUGCUUGCUGCAGCUUUCAGCAUCCUCACUUUUAAUGCCGCAUAUGGAGAGGAAAUCAUCAAUGGCAAGAAAGCCAAGAAGAACACCCUGAUGUACAUGGUAUCUGUGCAGUUGAACAACAAGCACAGAUGUGGAGGAUUCCUCAUAAACCCCAGCUACGUGCUCACUGCUGCCCACUGUGACGAAUCUCAACUCAGUGUGGUCCUUGGGACGCAGAACAUCGAUCCGAACAGGGAUAAUCUGAGAAAAUAUGUGGAAACGAAGUAUAAACACCCAUCAUAUAAGACCGUCAGUUCUGGGUUUGACAUCAUGCUUCUGAAGCUUUCAGACAAAGUCAAACUGAGUAAAGCUGUGAAGACCAUCAAAAUCCCAAGCAAGAAGAAACCAGUCAAGCCCAAAACCAAGUGCCAGGUUGCAGGAUGGGGACGAAGUGAAACCCAGAAAGUGGUGAAUGACCUACUGGUGGCUGAUGUUUCAACCAUAAAUAUCACAGAAUGUAAGAAGCAGUGGAAUAAAGUGGACGUGAAACUCCCAGCUGACAUCAUGUGUGCAGGAGGCUACAAAACCAAAAGCGGAGCAUGCCAGGGUGAUUCUGGUGGGCCUCUGGUGUGCCGUGGUGUUGCAGUGGGCAUCGUGUCCUUCAAUUACAAAAACAACUGUAACUAUCCAAAUGUGCCUAAUGUCUAUACUGAGAUCUCAGCAUACACAGACUGGAUUAAGAAAGUGAUAAAGGGAGAUAGUUAAGAUGUUUUUGUACUUGGUUUUUUUUUACGUCAAGUGAUUGUAUAAAAUUUGUAUUCUCUAAUUACUGUUACAAGUAAUGUCUGAUGCUUCUUCUUUUUUUAAAGCUUUCUGUAAAAAGCUCAAUUUUGUAUGGCUACUGCCUCAUAUAGAGGCUGUAGCCACUAUGCCAUCGUGUUGUAAGAAUGUAAGAAUGAGUGUAACAGUCGCGCACUGUGCAUGCGCAUAUAGUUGUUCCUAUUAAAAUGACCAGUGAGUGUAUACAAUUUAGUUCACCAUUCGAAAUAAAUGGAAAAGACUAAAGAAAUCA